AUGGAUUAUACUAUGGAGGAUACUCAAGAUACAAUCGACGACUUGGAAUGGCUUCGUAGAGCAUUCAGCGCCAGGACAGACACUAUGACACUUUUUACGACCGAGGUCCAAAAAAUCUGUUCUGCGGCCCUCGAUGCGUCAAAUAUCCGCCACGCUCCGAUCACGUCGAGGGUCAAGUCAUGGGAGUCCGCCCAUGGUAGCCUUUUGCGCAGACAGCACGAAAGAAUUCUAAUCCAGCGCUUAAAAUCUCUCGUGGAAUCUAAAGGUCGAAGGUGGGAAGAGUAUGCACGCGAAACAGGGCUCAGUUUGAAUAGUCAAGACACAAAGCUUCCCGAUGGUUCAGAAGACAUGCUCGCCACUUUACAUGACUUCAGCGGCGUUCGAAUAUCACUUUAUUUUCCAGGAGACCUUGAGAAAGUUGCUGCUGUUCUGGAACAGCGGUUUGAUAUCGUUCGUCGAACAGACAAAGGUCAUAGGUCUGGAAUUGAUGUUCAGAGCCUGGAAGAACGCUUUCGCUCACUCGAGGAUCCUAAAAACACCAAUCAGUCUACACUACAUUCAAAGAGGCCUCAACAAUCAAUACGAACCUUUACUGGAUACAAGGCAACCCAUUUUGUAGUAAGAUUGCGAGAUGAAUAUCUUGCCGACAUAAACAAGUUUGGUUGGAUGGACGUUGUCGGUGAGAUUCAGGUUGGAACGCUGGUCAUGCAUGUAUGGUCUGAGAUCGAGCACGACAUGAUUUACAAACCACUUGAUUCUCAGGGCGCAGAAGUGUCGGAAGACGAGAAACGCAUAUUAGAUGUCAUCAACGGUAUCGUUCUGACAGGCGAGGCCGCGCUACGACAACUCGAGGUUAGCACGGCUAAGCGUCUCAACAAACGAGCAGAAGAUGACGAAAUCAUGGCGAGCAGUCACUACGAGCUCGCGACCUGGGUUGAGAAGUAUUUUGAAACCCCUGGAAAAUCCCUCGAAGGUGUGGGAUCAGAAUGGGGACCAUUAGAAAAGGUGUUUACCAUUUUGAAGGCGGCGGGUAGACGCAAACACAUUGAAGUCACACAGUUGAUUGACUAUGCGGCUCGAAAAACGUCAAGCCGCCGUCAACUACCAGAAGAGAUGAUUUGGGGAUUGUGCGAAAUACAAGCUGUCGACUCGAAGUGGGAUAAACCAAAUACAUCCACCAGCCCCGCUAGCAUCGCCAAAGAGGCUCGCCUCUGUGCGCUGCACCUGGUGCAUAGUAUCAAUCUCGCGAUGUACCUUGAUGUUGUUGAAGAAUUUCUUGGCUUGGCCCCGUUACCAUGUCAGGUGUCUUUUUCAUCAUUCCUCGACAUUCUACACCCAGGCCAACCCCAGUACAGUAGUAUUGGAACUGCUUUUAAUAUCAUCAAAUGCUGCAGGGCAGUCAUUGACUAUCAGUUCAGUUCUACGCUGGCUAAAGUAGCCACACAACUGCCGACAAUUAACGAGGUAGGAAGCUUUACUGAGUCAGGCGUUCCUCGUACACCCCCAGUUCCAGGCAUUCUCACCCGCCUGUUCCCUGUUGAGCAGGAUGCGGAGGAGGGAAAGAAGCUCGACGAUACAGGUGAACUGUAUCAUGUGCUUGACUUGAUUGAUUUAUACGUAUCCUCUGAGGGCCAGAGUGAUAAAGCUGUCAUAUGGGAUCUUCUCACUGCACAACCGUUGAAUGCGGAGAGCAAAAAUCAGAACAGGGAUCGCUUUUUCGUCCCCGCUCAAAACCCCGGGGACAUGCCAUUUGGUCGUUGGAGGCUGGCCCACACUGUGCAGGUGAAUAUUGAGAAGAUAAAUUCGAACGACGUCUCGCAAGAAACCGAUCCGAACCAGAUGAGAUUGAAGACUCCAGAUGGUGUGCUCAGACUUGCAUAUCACCUAUACCCAAGGGAACAAUGGGAAGAUGUGGGCAAGGCGUUGUAUGUGAUCAAGGGGUUGAGACAUAUUUCACGGAAAAGACUUCGACAAGAGAAUGAUCAACUUGCUGUCACUCAGUAG